CACAGUCGGCGACGAUGUGGCGAUGCCGUCGGACGCGCUGAUCUCGCCUGACGGGCGGAUGGAGCUGGAGCCAGCUCCCUGCUUGGCCGAGAUGGUCUUCGUGGAGCGCCUGCGCAUGGACGAGACGCCAUCGGACUACGUUGAUGCGAAGGGACCUUCGGCUUCGAGCUCGGACGCCUGCGUGAUGGGCGUACAGUGCGACAGCCAGGGAGUCAGGCAGCGGGCGCGGCGCGAGGUGUCGGUGAAGGUGCAGCAGGUCGAGUUGGAGGACUGGCCCGAGCCGAGGCCGCGUGCGGUGGUCUGGUGCGCACAGUUCGUGGACCGCCGCGGCGACGAUCCCAUGGGCCACCACCGUGGGUGGAUGGCCAACCCGAAGCUGUCCAACACGCACUUCAGAGUUCAGGAGCAUGGUCACGGGAUGCAGGCCUUCAAGUUCUUCGGGGAGUGCGGCCAGAUUGGCUUUCCAAAUCGAAUGAGGCUCGAAGUGAUCAUGAGGCGGUGCCAGGGGGCAGAUUUUCACUACGAGAAGGCGAACAAAGGCAGCAAGGCGAACAAGCAGGCGCAGGGGGUGACCCGCGACGGGGCGGCCCUUUUCUCCGACUCGCACCGCUUAGGCGAGGGGUUGAUGAACUGCACCGGGUUGG